GGUUUCCGCGGGCGGUGCGAGCCGCGGCCCCGCCAUGGCGGCGCAGGGGGAGGACCCGCUGGGCUAUUUCGCGGCCUACGGCAGCUCCAGCUCCGACUCGGAGCCCGAAGAGCCCCAGCCCGACGAGCGCCCGGCGGGAGCCGGCGCGGCCUCGGGGGGCAGCCCGGGGCGGCCGCGGCUGCCGUCGCCCGACGAGCUCUUCCGUCGGGUGUCGCAGCCGCCCGCCUUCCUCUAUAACCCUCUCAACAAGGAGAUCGACUGGGAGAGCCGCGUCGUGCGGGCGCCCGAGGAGCCCCCCAGGGAGUUCAAGGUGUGGAGGAGCAACGCCGUGCCCCCGCCGGAGACCUACAGCCCGCCCGAGAAGCCGCCGCCGCCGGCCCCCACCCUGGACAUGGCCAUAAAGUGGUCCAACAUCUACGAGGACAAUGGUGACGACGCGCCCCGGCAGGCCGGCAAAGCCAAGUUCCUGCCGGAUGAGGAGCAGGAGCUGCUGGAGUCGGAUGGUGAAAAAGAUGACGAACUCGCUUCUGCUAAGAAACGUAAAGUAGAGUCUGGAGAGCAGGCAAAGAAGAAGAAGAAGAAGGUAUAAGCAAGGUGUUUUGGAUUUAGACAUAAUGAGAAUUUCAAGGAACUUGAAUUCCUCUGCUGGAAUGGGAAACAAAUAUGUGUUUACUGCAUUUCUCUCUCGGAUUGGGUAGGGAAUUUUAUUUCUGUAGUAUGCUUGCCUUUUGGAAAGCACAAAAUCAAAUGGACAGUGUUGUGGUAGAACUUGUUUACUGAACAAAAUUUAAACCUGUUUAUUUAAAACAUGGAUUUAGAAGAGAGAUCCAUUGCCCUGGAUACUUGUGCUUGUGCAGGUUACAGGGCUUCACAGUACUUUGUUUAUCAAGAAACCUGGUAACAUGCAUUUUUCUGGACUGACUUUUCCAUUGUGUCAAAACCUUUUAUAAAGGAGUAUAUACUAAAGAUUUUUUAGGUACUAGUCUGUGAUAUGUUCACAUAAUGUUGUUUUUAAAUGUAUGUAUAGACUGCAGAUAGUCACUGGAAUAAAACUACAUUUGAAAACAUCAUGAUAUAAAUACUGCAUUGCAUGCUUGGUGAGUAAGAAUAAUGAAUUCUGUAUUAUAUGUCAUUCAUUGAUGUGUCACUUAACAGAUUCCUCAGGGCUUUUUUGUUUAAACAAAUCCACAACUACAGACUGAAAAAAUGGACCUAUAAAUGGAGUUCAGUAUUUUAUCAUUAUUUUGAUGUUAUGGGAUCUUCAUCAGUGAAACAUGAGACUAACUGAUGGAGGGAGAAUUGAAGCAUGUAAUGUUUCUGAAACAGAAAAUAGAAUCAAGAUAUUUAUGUGGACAGAA